GAAUACAAGAAUCCAUAUGAUUUUGGACAAUCAGAGAAUUCGAAACUCUUUCUUGGUUUAACCCAUGGCAGAGGAUGGAGACACAUUCUUCUUCCAUCAUGGCAUCAUGGCACUUACCUGACGGAAAUGGAUUAACUUGGCCCAAUGCUAUCAUCACUGCUGCAAGUCACGACAAAGCUGCAUGACAGACACCUUAUUUGUUCUUUUAAAUUAGACUGUUAAUUAUUACAUAUAUCUUUUAGCCACAAGACUUUCAUAUAUUCCGGGAACCAGUUCCAGUAUUUUUACCAGAAGGCUGUCUUACAUUUCCAGAAAAUGGUGCUGUAUUUACCAUUGUAUAGCAUUGCUUUAAUCAAUUUCUUCCAAUUAGAUACAGAGAAAACAAAGCUUCCUAUUUUUUUUUUAAAUCAAAUUUCACUAGUGAACUUGUAGAAAUAAUUAGUGAUGCAUUAAUUUUAUAAAUGAUGAAAGAGAAGAGGUAGCGACUUACAGUAACACAGAUAUAUGCUGAGAGAAUGGAGCCGCCUCAUGGGAGGUGUUCCUUGAUGCUAGUAAG